AGAGCCCGAUGUUGAGGUAGGAGAGACCAGCACGUGAUUCGAUAGCUUUGCAUUGUCUUAAUGCGGUGGAAUGGCCUACUUUUGAGUUAUUUGAUAUUUCAUUUCCACUUGGGUAUUUUUCUGACGCACCAUUGAUCCGAACAACAUGAAAGUUUAGUGACUGCAGUCCAAAGUUUUACUUGUUUCAUCAUGGUUUCAGUAGGCCUAUCCUACCUCUGCAGCCUUAAAGUGAUGUCAGAACUCCAUCAGGCUGCAGCAUCAGGGGAUACGGAUCUAGUAGAGGAUAUUCUGAGGCAGAACAAAUAUGAUCCCAAUCAGAGGGAUAUUGAUUGGAACAACAAGACUCCAUUGCACUGGGCUGCUGCUCGAGGCCAGGCAGAGAUGGUACGGGUCCUGAUCGAGCAUGGGGCUCGGCCAUGCCUUUGUACAGAGAGUGGAUGGACUGCGGCUCACUAUGCUGCAGAGGCCGGGCGACUCCAGGUGCUGCGGAUGCUCCAUUUCUUUCAUGCACCUCUGGGCAAAGAAGACUCCUGUGGGGACAAGCCUAUCCGGAUUGCGGAUAUUUAUGGCCAUAAGGAAUGUGUGCAGUUCCUUAAAAGAGCAGAGGCAGAGCAUCAGGAGUAUCGCUGUUCUGCUUUGCUAUCAGGAUUAUCUCUAGAUGACACAGAUGAAGAAUGGGAGGAGCAGAAGAAGGCCACAGACCACCAAAGGAUGCCAAAGGGCACUCACCUAAACUGUCAAAAUAUUCAAAGGAAAAAUAUUCCCUAAUUCUAAAGAAUACAUAAAAUCUCAAUCUAAAUAUUUCAUGGUGUUUACAUUUCCCCCCAAUGCAUUCUUAACAUACACAUGUAAAAUAUACCUGUUUAGAAAGGAUGGAGUUAAUAUUUUUGCUGCAGUGAAUAGGCAUUUAAAAAGUGACUAGUGUCACAGAUGUCUGCAACCUGUCAGUGGAGUCUGUUAUGAACAUGAACAUGAGCACAGUUACCCUAAAAAAUCAUGACAAAACAUUCAUGUAGUGACCACAUACUAC